AUGCAAGAGACUAAGCAGAAGCUGCCGGCGUCGCCGAUGCGCAUCGCGGUGGUGGGAAUGUCCUGCCGUCUGUCGGGCAAUGUGUCGUCGCUGGAUGACUUCUGGCAGAUGCUGGCUCGCGCACGAUGUGGCUGGUCGGAGGUGCCAGAUGAGCGGUUCAGCAAAAAGGCGUACCACCAUCCCAACCCGGCCAAGCUGGGGGCAUUCAACACGAUUGGGGGGUAUUUUGUUGAUCAAGACCCAGCGAUGUUUGAUGCGCCCUUCUUCAAUAUCACGCAGGCCGAGGCCGAAGCGAUGGAUCCCCAACAGAGGCUACUGCUCGAGUGUGCAUACGAGGCAGUGGAGAAUGCAGGCAUACCCAAGGAGCGGCUGAUCGGACAAAAGGUCGGCGUGUUUGUGGGCGGCGCCGCGUCGGACUACCGGCUUGGCACGCUUCGAGACCUGGAGCAGACGCCGAUGUUUGACGCGACGGGUAGCCACCAGUCGAUCCAGUCGGGCCGAAUCUCGCAUUAUUUUGAUCUCCGCGGACCUAGCUUUACAGUCGACACGGCUUGCUCGUCGUCGCUGUACGCGCUGCACCAAGCGGUACAGAGCAUCCGCAAUGGCGAAUCAGAACAAGCGAUCGUGGCGGCCUGCCAUCUGAACCUGCAGCCGGGCGACUGGGUGUCCAUGUCGCUGUCCAGGCUCUUCUCAGACGAGGGAAAGACGUAUGCGUUUGAUCACCGGGCCAAGUCGGGCUUCGCACGCGGCGAAGGUGCCGGGGCCCUGAUUCUCAAGCCUCUCGACCAGGCCAUCCGCGACAAUGACCGGAUCUGGUCUGUGAUUGUGAACACGGGUGUCAACCAGGAUGGGCGGACGGUUGGCAUCACAUCACCCAGUGGCGAGGCGCAAGAGGGACUGAUGCGGGAGGUGUACGCGUCUGCAGGGAUCCGGCCAGAGGACGUGGGCUUUGUGGAGGCGCACGGCACCGGUACCAAGGUGGGCGACCCGAUCGAGGCGACGGCGAUCCGCAACGUGUUCAGCCACGGACGGACGCGACAGCAGCCGCUGUAUGUGGGAUCGGUCAAGAGCAACGUGGGCCAUCUGGAGAGUGCCAGCGGGGUGAUCUCGAUCAUCAAGGCGUCGCUGAUGCUGGACAAGCGGUUUCUGCUGCCCAACGUCAACUUUGAGAAGCUGAACGAGGCCAUUCCGUUUGACGAGUGGCACGCCAAGGUGCCGACAAGACAGCGGCCAUGGCCGUCGAAGAAGCGCUACAUCAGCGUCAACAAUUUUGGCUUUGGCGGGUCCAACGCGCACUGCGUGCUGGAGCCGGCGCCACGACGUAGCGGCCGGCCUGAGCUGGCGCAGAAGAACCUGGGCUCGGGUCUGGAACGGCCACGGCUGUUUGUGCUGUCGGCCAACGACGAGGCAUCGGCACGGAGGGCGGUAUCACAGCUGACGGUGUAUCUAGAGCAACACCCGGAGGUGUUCCAGAAGGAGCUGCUGCGCAACCUGGCCUACACGCUGAACGAGCGACGAUCGCAGCUGGGAUGGCGAGUCGGCCUAGUGGCAUCGUCAGGACGACAGCUGGUCGAGGUGCUGAGCGCAGCCGAGACGAAGCCGGUGCGCCGGCCCCAGCAACCGCCGAAGCUGGCGUUUGUGUACACAGGCCAGGGGGCACAGUGGCACGCCAUGGGCCGCGAGCUGCUGGAGUCGCACGUGGUCUUUCGCGAUACAGUGCGGGCGGCUGACGCGUGCCUGCAGCGACUGGGUGCUGACUUCUCUCUGAUGGAGGAGCUGCAGCGCGACAAAGAAACGACACGCGUAGGCCAGGCACACAUCAGCCAGCCGAUCUGCUCGGCCGUGCAGCUGGGCCUGACGGACCUGUUGCGGUCGUGGGGGAUCCGGCCGACGGCCGUGACAGGCCACUCAAGCGGCGAGAUUGGUGCGGCUUAUGCAGCAGGAGCACUUUCGCUCGAGGCUGCCAUGACCAUUGCCUAUCAGCGCGGACAGGUGGUGUUGCGGCUGCGGGAGCGGUUCCCCCACUUGCGCGGCUCCAUGAUGGCCGUCGGCGCAGGGCCCGACACGGUACUGCCGCUGGCACAGCGCAUGAAGAGCGGCGUCGUCGUCGUGGCCUGCGAGAACUCUCCCAGCUCAGUCACGGCUUCGGGAGACGAAGCAGCUAUCGACGAGCUCGCAGCGGCGGUCGAGGCUCUGCAGCUGUUCAACCGCAAGCUGCAGGUCGAUGUGGCCUACCACUCGCCUCACAUGAAGCUGGUGGCCGAUGAGUACCUUCAGAUGAUCGGCGACCUGGCCUCGUCCUCCUCGUCGGACGUCCGCUUCUUCUCGUCGCUGAAGGGCCACGAGGUCGGCCUCGACAGCCUCGGGCCAGCCUAUUGGGUCGACAACCUGACCUGUCCGGUGCGCUUCUCGACUGCCCUGGCUGCACUCUGCACCGACUGCCGGCCGGACGUGCUCGUCGAGAUCGGACCGCACGCCGCUCUCGCUGGUCCGAUCCAGCAGACGUUAAAGACGCUUAGUCAGCCAUCAAACGGACACAAGAUUGGUUACGUGUCAGCGUUGUCACGUGGCCAAAACGCAACGACGACGGCGUUGCAGGUAGCUGCGACGCUGUGCAUGCGCGGACAGACGGUGGACUUUGACGCGAUCAACGGCGAGGAGCAGCUGCAGGUGACGGACGGGAAGCCGACGCUGCUGUCGGAUCUGACGCCGUAUGGCUGGUCGCGACAGCGGUACUGGAGCGAGUCACGCAUGUCGGAGCAGCACCGGCGAAAGCCGUUUGCGCGACACGAUCUGCUGGGACUGCUGGCCGACUUUAGCAACAACGAGCUGGCGCCGACGUGGCGCAACGUGUUGCGGACGGCGGAUCUUCCGUGGCUGCGCGACCACACGAUGCAGUCGCUGACGACCUUUCCCUUUGCCGGCUUUGUGGCGAUGGCCGUAGAGGCCGCGGCUCAGCGGGCAUCCAUGCGGAAGACCGGUGCCGACGAGGGCUGCGAGUUCGUGCUGCGGGAGGUGCAGGUCACCCGGCCGCUUCUCAUGGACGACGAGACGGCCUACGAGGUGAUGCUGUCGAUGGAACCGUACGCCGAGUCGAUGCGGGCCUACUCGGACGAGUGGGACGAGUUCCGCAUCCGAUCGUGGCGAUCGGGGCCUGGAUGGACGGAGCACUGCCGUGGUCUGGUGUCGACACGCAAGGCAGCCGGAGCCGGUGGCGACAGCUCGACGAACCCCGUCAGCACGGCACAUCACGGCAUGGGCUGGCGCAGCUUCCAGCGCGCUGACACAGCAGCAGACGAGAAGGUAGACGUCGACGCCUUUUACCGCGAGCUCGACGAUGUUGGGGCAACGUAUGGACCGACGUUUCGGCGGCUGCGCAAUGUCCGGGCCAGCAACGUCUGUUCAGCGGCCAUCGUCGACGUGGCCGACACGGCAGCCACGAUGCCAAUGGAACACGAAUCCGCAUAUCACGUGCACCCGGCUCUGCUAGACCAAGUGCUGCAGCUGUCGUUCCCGCUGCUGGGUGCCGGUCGGAGCGGUGGCAUGCGCACGCUGUACAUGCCGGCAGCAAUGCGCGAGCUUCGUAUCCUGAGCGGCACGACGUCGCCGUUGUUGCCGGGAUCGCGUCUGCGGAUGGCUGCUGAGACUGAGCCGGAUCUCGACCUCGAACACGAAGCGCCGGCCGAGUUUGACAUGACGGCUGUCGACCAGAACGAUGCGGCCGUCAUCCAGCUGGCCGGCCUGCAGAUGGUGCCGGUCAAGAGCGAGGCCACGCUCGAAGACACGCCGCGCGAGCUCUGCUACAAGCUGCAGUGGGAGCCAGUCCCGCUGGCUGGUCGACGGAUCUCGGACACGUCCAUUGACUCGACCGACAGCGGCUACGUGUCGCCGGUCCCGGCCCCGCUAGACGACGACGACAGCGGCGAGCCUGUCUGGGCCGACAUGGCCGUGUCCAUCGUGUCAGACAUGCCAUUGACGGAUCCUGUGCUUGCCUGUCUCGUCGCUGCUGUCGCAACAAAGACAAAUAAGAAGCCGGUCGUGCAGAAACUGGCUGAGGCGACAUCAGACCAGAACAGUCACGUGAUUUUGUGUGAGCUCGACCGGCCGCAGCUAGCCGAGCUCGACGCCGACCGUUUUGGCCGACUGCAGGCAUUGGCCACGACGGCCGCCGGGCUAUUGUGGGUGACACGAGGCGCCCAUAUGCAGGCGACCAAUCCGACCGGCAGCAUGGCGUUGGGACUGACACGCACGUUGCGGUCAGAGAUGGCCGCCCGCGUGGCCACGAUCGACCUGGAUCCACGGCCGUCAGGCCAGACGGAGCGACAGGUCAGCCUAGUGUUGCAGGCGUUUGGUCGCAUCUUCCGGCCGACGACGGAGGGCGAGGACGCCGACAUGGAGUACGCAGAGCAGGAUGGCGGGCUGGCAGUGCCGCGCAUCGUGGACGACGUCGAGACGAACCUGCUGGUGCACCGAGAGCUGUACGGGUCAGCACCAUACACGCAGGAUUUUGCACAGCCAGGACGACAGCUGAAGCUGGCCAUUGGCACCAAGGGAGCGCUGGACACGCUGUACUUUGCCGAGGACGAGCCGACCGAGCUGGGCAAGGACGAGAUUGAGCUGCGGGUCGAGGCGACGGGCAUGAACUUCAAGGACGUGGUGAUUGCCAUGGGCCAGCUGCCGAGUCGAUACUUGGGCAUCGAGUGUGCCGGCGUGGUAGUGCGGACAGGCACGGCUGUGCGCCACCUGGUGCCAGGUGACCGGGUGUGUGCGAUGACCGAGGGGGCCUACGGUAGUGUGGCGCGGUGUCUGGCGACAAGUGCAGCCCGGAUUCCCGAUGAAAUGGCCUUUGACGUGGCAGCUUCGAUCCCGGUUGUCUACUGCACGGCGCACUAUGGGCUGAUCGAGCUGGCCCGGCUGACAGCUGGCGAGCGCGUGCUGAUCCACGCAGCAGCUGGCGGUGUUGGUCAGGCGGCCAUCCAGCUGGCCCGGCUGCUCGGAGCCGAGGUCUUUGCCACAGUCGGCAGCCCGGAGAAGAAGCGUUUCUUGCAGGACCGCUAUGCCAUCCCGGCCGACCACAUCUUCAGCAGCCGCGACACGGCCUUUGGCACGGCUGUGCGCGAGGCCACCGAUGGCCAUGGCGUCGACGUCGUGCUCAACUCGCUCGCUGGCGACUUUCUGCGCGAAUCCUGGGACUGUCUGGCGCACUUUGGCCGCUUCAUCGAGAUCGGCAAGCGCGACAUCUCCGCCAACAGCCGGCUCGAGAUGCGCCGCUUCCAGUGGAACGCCUCCUUCCACUCGGUCGACCUGACCGUCCUCGCGACCGAGCGGCCCCGCCAGAUGGCCCAGACCUUCUCGGCCGUCAUGCAGCUCUUUGCCGCCAACUCCGUUUCGGCCAUCGGACCCAUCUCCGUCUAUGGCGUCGCCCAGAUCGAGACGGCCUUCCGUCUGCUGCAGAGCGGCAAGACUACCGGCAAGCUCGUCGUCGUGCCCCGGACAGGUGAACAGGUCCGCGCCGUUCACCCGUCUCGUCACCAUGACCGCAUCCAUGGCCGUCGCUUGCUCCGUCCCGAUGCCACCUACCUCCUCGUCGGCGGCACCGGUGGCCUCGGCCGCUCUCUCUCUCGCUGGAUGGUCGCCCAGGGUGCCCGCCACAUUGUCCUCCUUUCGCGUCGCGGCCUCGUCGAUGGGCCCGUCGCCGAUCUCGUCCGCGACAUGGCCGCCCAAGGCGCCAACAUUGUCGUGCGCGCCUGCGACGUGGCUGACCGCUCCGGUCUCACCAGUGUCGUCCAGUCUUGCGCCAAGGAGCUGCCGCCUAUUGCCGGCGUCGUGCACGCGAGCAUGGUCUUACGGGAUGUUCUCUUUGAAAAAAUGACCUGGAACGACUACGAUGCCGUCAUCCGCUCCAAGGUGGCCGGCGCCUGGAACCUGCACCACAUUCUGUCAGACACACCGCUCGACUUUUUCGUCCUGCUCUCGUCGGCUGCCGGCAUCGUCGGCAACCGAGGACAGGCUGCUUAUGCUGCUGCCAACACCUUCCUCGACGCCUUUGCACGUCACCGCUUCCAGCAGGGUCUGCCGGCCACUGCCCUCGACCUGACUGCCGUGGCCGAUGUCGGCUACCUCGUCGACGGUGCCGAUGCCGCCCGUCAGCACGAGGUUCUGCGCAAUCUUGGCGGCGAAACCAUCCACGAGGCCGAGAUCCUCGCCCUCUUCCGCGCCGCCCUCACCGGCGACCUGCACCGCACCUGUGCCAGCCACUGCAUGACCGGCCUCAAGCUUGGCUCCUCCGCCGACCAGAUGCCCUACUUUGCCGCCGAUGCCAGGUUCACCCACCUGCGCGAUGCCGUGCUCGCUACCCAGGCUGCCUCUGGUGCUGACUCAGCAGCCACGCAUGUUUCCCUCGCCGUCGCCCUCGGUCGUGCUCCCAGCCCAGAAGAGGCCGUGGCCGUCGUCACGGCCGGCCUGGUCUCUAAGCUUGCCGGUAUCCUCAUGGUGCCCGCCGAGGACUUCGACCCCGACACCCCCAUCACAAAGUACGGUCUCGACAGCCUCAACGCCAUCGAGCUGCGCAACUGGAUCACAAAGGAGCUGGCCACCAACCUGCAGGUCCUCGAGCUGUUGACCAGCGGCUCGCUCACCAACUUGGCCUCAACCAUCAUCAAGAAGCGUACGGCUACCCAGACAAAGUCGUAG